GGAUGGGCCAACUGCAAGGGAAAGAACCUCCUGCACGCUCCAAGCUCCCUUCCAAGCAACAUCACUGGAGUGGACCUCUCCUUCAACUCCUUGGUUAUGCCCCAUCGUGGGACUCUCUUGAUGCAUUUCCCUUCCCUGCGCUCCCUCAACCUCUCCAGCAAUGCCCUGCAGGUGCUGAGCCCAGCAGUUUUCUCCAACCUUGGGGCACUGCGUCUGCUGGACCUGAGCAGCUGCAGUAUCGCCUACCUCCACAUGGAUGCUUUCAAGGGCUUGGGAAACUUGCACACACUGCUUCUAAGAAAUAACAAUCUGCAAGAGCUUGAGGUCCCGGUCUUCCUACCACUGAAGGCUCUUUUCCACCUGGACCUGCAGCACAACACGCUAGUCUCUGUGGACACUUUGAGCCUGCAGCUGAUGGAGUCAGUCCCACAGGUCCAGCUGGAAGGCAACCCCUGGGUCUGCAACUGCACCGCUCACCCUCUGCGCCGGUGGCUGCGGCGCAGGCAAGAUGUGCAGGUGACCUGUGCAUCACCCCCGGGGCUGCGGGGCCGGGAGAUUGCUGCUCUGGAUUCCCAGGAUCUGGGCUGCCAGAUGAAGCUGCGGUUUCCUCGGGCUGUCAGCACGGCACAGCAGAUCACAGUGACACACAGCAACACCACCACACCACCCGCUGGGAAGGGGGGAAGGAGCUGGCCGUACCUGGUGGGCUUCCUGGUGGCAGCAAUCGGCAUCUCCAUCCUCAUCGCACUGGCUGCCAAGUGCAAGCUCUUCCACAAGAACUUUGCCAGCUACCGCCACCGACCGCUGCCUGAAACCAGCUCGAUCGGAGACAGCCCCAUGGAGGAUGGCAGCGGCUGGGGCAGGGGGCCCCUGCCUGGUGCUGCUGACCUGCAAGCUGAGGAUGACGAUGGCUUCAUCGAGGACAAUUACAUCCAGCCAAGUGAGCAGCUGCCAGAGGCAGAGGAGCGGGAGUCACACCUCUCCAUCUGA